AUGAAGCCCGCCGAGAAGCACUUUCGCUGCACUAUCUGUCAGCGGGGCUUCACGCGCAUUGAUCACUUGAAAAGACACCAUCUUAGGCGUAUGUUUCCCCGCCCUGCAGGUCCCCCGAUUCGUCACUCAGUCGAGACAGAUUCCGGCCAAAAGCCCUAUUCCUGCGUUUUUUGCAACGAGUCUUUUGCGCGCUGCGAUAACCUGCGCGACCACUAUACAGAUUGCAGCCAACGCGGAGAUCGCAAGGUCCCCGAGACGGGCCAACGAGGCCGGCGGCGACAUGCAUGUCAAUCGUGUACUGCGAUGAAACUCCGUUGUGACGGUAAUACCCCGUGCGAGUCAUGCGUGAAAAGAGGCUUUAUGUGCACAAACCCCACAGGACCAAGUCCAAGUGCCAGUAUUGAGGAUGGGAAAACCUCGCCGAACCCUCAAAUGCCUCCAAUCUACAGACAACCCUCAGAUCGUGGCUCGAUUAAAUUCCUCCUAAACGGCGGCACCGACUCAUUCACCGAAGGCUUUAGGCUUCCUCCUCGCAGCGAUCGGGAACGAGGCAUGGCGUAUCACAAUCAGACUGCGCUGGAGGAGGCAAACACAAACGGGGAAAUCUACCCAUCGUUCGAUAUACAAGGCGACCGGACCGACUUCUCCCCGGAUUUUGUGGAGUCCGACCAAGCAAAUUUACAAUUCUUCCAAGACACGUUCCUGGAUUUCUUCAAUGGGCCCUUUGGUGAUGGCCAGAAAUCUGUGGAAACCCCAUAUGCGGGACCAGUCGCAUAUCCAGCUGCAUUCGCACCGGGCCAAGAUGGCAAUAUGGCCUUGCCAGCAGAACAAGGAAUCUUUGAGCCCGAGCGGCCCUUUGCAAUGGCUUUGAUUCAAUCAAUUUUGGCACGAGCAUGGACGGUUCCUUUGGAUCCGAAGGCACAGGAAGAGAUAUCAACGAACCUCAGCUUCCUGCUGACCACAGCGCGCAUACGCAAGUCCGUGUCACUUUACUUCAAGUACUGGCAACCCAGCUGCGCGAUGAUUCAUAUUCCCACAUUUGACCUGGAAACAAUUGCACUGCCCCUUCUAGCUGCAGUCACGUUCUUCGGGGCCAUGUAUAGCCCUGAUCAAAGGGAGGCGUACGUGGCAAAGCGGCUGCUUGAUUUCGCCGAGCUGUUUAUCUUUUCCAGUCACAUAUACUCUCCAGAGACUGAAGUUGCAAGCGUUUUCACGGGAAUUCAAAAUGCCGAUGAUGAAGCAACUGAUUGGAUGAAGUUCCAGAAUUUCCAAGCCGGCUUCAUCAUUACGGUUGUGCAAUACUGGGCGGGAAGUCGGUCAUCCAAGAACCGUGCGAUGGAGAAUCGGUUUAGUGAGGUGGUCAAGGUCGCCCGUCGCCUAAACCUUGUCAAGGUCAGGCAUAUACCCAAUGACGAGCAGUUCGAAGAACUUUUAUGGAUUCAAAAAGAGUGUCGUAUUCGAACAAUUAGCAUCAUAUCACUACUGGACUGCGCGUUCUUCUUCUAUCAAAAUUAUCCGUGUCGAUUGACGCAUGCGGAGAUAGAGUCCGAGCUACCCUGUGAAGAGGCGCUCUUCCGAUCCCCACAUCCAUUUCAAGAUCCCAAAUUCCGUUUUUCUCGCGAUAUCACCGUAUAUCAGGCUUUCCAACAUAUGUUCGAGUCUCCUACGCAAGACGGUCCUCGGGCAACGCCGCCUUCUUCUAAGAUGGAUCUCACGGUUCUGGAUAUGUUUAUUAUCAUUCAUGUGCUGUUCGCUUUUAUCAAUACGCACAUGACGCUUGUGGGGCUACUCAAACGCCAAGCCAUUGUCAUUCAGUCUGCCCAGACCGAAGGCAAUUGGGGCAAGAGCAUGAUUCCCGAAGACUCAAUCUUAAAUUCAAUCCGUACAGCCUUGAAUCGCUGGCGCGACUAUUGGGUUGCCCUGCGCAGCCAAGUCUCUAGUGACGAAUGGGCGUCGAUGGGCUUCUACAAGAACGGGUACAACUUCUGGCUCGUGUCUCAACUGCUCAUCACUAAGAAGGACGCCGUCGACGUGAUUAUGCAGAUGGAAGUGCAUUGUGAGGAUAAGCUUGAGAAGUUGAAGGUACUGUUGCAGGACGAAUAA